UUAUCAUAAGCCACGGACAGUCGGAACCGCACCACCAAUAGUUGUCAUCACACCACAGCUACAGUAUUAAUGUAUGCAAUGUGCUUCACCGUGUGCCAUAAUCGUAUUUUUUUGCUUAAUUAAUAACUUGUAAAUGAUCUAUGGUGCUUGAUUACACUUUGGAUAAGUAUUCAAAGCAAGAAUUAUCAAAGGGGGCCGUGGGUAGCUGCUUGGGUCUUGUGAUUCUUGUGAUAAGUGUACAGAGGGGCGUUGUUGUAUCACCUGGGAGGAGACACACCUGCCACCGCCACUCAGGAAAUGGUUGUACUCUGAAGUAAAAAAAAUGGAUCUUCUUGCUGAAAAUAAUGUGUGCGGACAAGCUCUGCUGCGGCUGGUGGCAAGGGGAAAUUCUAUUAUUGCAGAAUUGAUGAGGCUUGCUGACUAUGUCCCACAGGUGUUCAGAUUGGAAACAAAGGCAGAACAACAGAAGUAUGGUGAUAUUGUUUUAGAUUUUGCUUAUUUCAAGGCUGCUGAUGGAUUUAACAAGAAAAUAGAAAAUUCAUCAGUUUUGAUGGACAUUGAUGAUGAAAUCCGGGAAAGCCACAGAAGUAUUCUUGGGAGGAUCUACUCAGCCUUUGAAAGCAUUCAUCGAUAUGUGUCAGACCUGAAUGGUUUCCUGCAAGAUCUUAAUGAGGGAAUCUUUAUUCAGCGAACCUUGGAAAACAUGUUCCUGAUUGAAGAUGGGAAACAGCUUAUGUGUGAGGCAUUGUACCUGUAUGGUGUGAUGCUGCUGGUGGUGGACUACCUGUUCCCAGGCCUGGUGAGGGAGAGGAUCAUUGUGGCCCACCACAGAUAUGCUGGACAGAAGGCUUCAAGUGAUACAAACAUUGAUGAUGUUUGUAAACUCCUUAGGUCAACAGGGUAUUCUUCCCUCCCAGGCACUAAGAGGCCUUUGAAUUACCCAGAGGAUUAUUUUAGGAGAGUUGAGCUUCCAGGGAAUUAUAUCAGUCAUGUCCUUGGAUACCUAAGAUCAGAUGACAUAUAUCACCAGGUUCAGGCAUAUCCCUCCCCAGAACACAGGUCUGCUGCACUUGCCAACCAAGCAGCAAUGCUUUUUGUGUGUCUGUACUUCAGUCCAAACAUUCUCAUCUCACAAACAGCUAAAAUGAGAGAAAUUGUGGACAAGUUUUUUCCAGAUAAUUGGGUUCUCAGUUACUACAUGGGAUUGACAGUAAAUCUCAUUGAAGCUUGGGAGCCCUACAAGGCUGCCAAACAGGCCCUCAACAAUACAUUAGAGGUUACUAACAUUAGAGAUCAGGCCACCCGCAUCAGCGCCAAGAUUACCAAUUUGUUGAAGCAAACAGAACAGCUGCGGGCAGAUGGAGCACUAUCUGAAGGCCGUGUCCUUGACCACAGCAAUAAGAUUCUCAACCUGCUAAGGGAGUGUAAUGUGGCGCUGCGUUGGGUCAUGCUGCAUGCUGCCUCACUCAGCAGGGGUGGGGCUGAGAGCAAUAGACGCUGUAAAGUUGUACGAGAUCAGGUGGUGGCAGACCUGCAGUACAACCCCAUGACUGUGUUCCAGCUGCUCCUCAACACUGCCUCCCUGGAGCAUGACCUCACCCAGAUAUACAAGAGACUUGUUUCAGAAAAGGAAGAGAACUGGAAGAAAUACUGCAUGGAGGCCAAUCAGCAGGCUCUUGAGCUGUCAGAGGUGUUCUCUGGCAACCGACCACUGGCACGGGUUGAAAAGAAUGAUCGCCUCAACAAGUGGUUCAGAGACAUUGGAGAAGAAAUCCUGAGUCUGAGUCUUGAAGAGCCAGGACCCUCAGGCCGGAAGAUAAUCCAGCUUAUCCAGGCCAUGAAGGAUGUGAAGGAGUACCACAGCUUGGAGUCAAGUGCUGGAGUAGUGCAGGCCAUCAAUGAGGUGGUGGCAGCUCUCCAGUCCUUGGUGCGGGUAGCAGGGGUCACUGAGGAUGAACUGGUCACCCUUUCCCUCAUCUCAGACCUGUCCUAUGCUUGGGUUUUAGUGGAUGACUACACACCCAUCAUGCAGGCAGCUGUGAAGAAGGAUCCAUCACAUGUUGCCAGGUUGCGUGCUGUUUUUCUGAAGCUCUCAUCGGGUUUAGAUCUACCUCUGCUGCGGAUCAAUCAGGCUCGAAGUCCAGACCUGAUAUCUGUCUCUGCUUAUUACUCAGGGGAGCUGGUGUCAUAUGUCCGGAAAGUAUUACAGAUUAUUCCAGAAACCAUGUUUGGCCUUCUGGCCAAGAUUAUCAAGCUUCAAACUGAAAAAAUAAAAGAAGUGCCAACCCGCCUUGAUAAAGACAAGAUGAGAGACUUUGCUCAGCUUCCAGAAAGAUACCAGAUGGCAGAGCUGAGUCACCGAGUGGCAGUGCUGGCUGAGGGAGUGGCCAUGAUGGAGACAACAUUAGUGGGGGUGAUCCAGGUGGACCCUCGUAGGUUAUUGGAAGAUGGGGUGAGGCGGGAGCUGGUGCAGCUAGUAGCCAAGAUACUCCAUGAAGGGCUCACCUUCAGCACUAAGGUUAAGGGAAGUGAGCUUUACCGGCGACUCUCUAUGGUAGGGCAACAGAUGAAUGGUUUUCGCACUUCAUUUGAGUAUAUCCAGGACUAUAUCAGUAUGUAUGGCCUCAAGAUCUGGCAAGAGGAAAUGUCCCGUAUUAUCAACUAUAACGUGGAGCAAGAGUGCAAUCAACUGGUGAAGAAAAAAAUAUCAGACCAUGAGAGUAUUUACCAGAGUGUGGCAAUCCCCAUCCCAAAGUUCUCACCUGCAGACCCUCAGUCUGUUAAUUUUAUUGGCAGACUGGUGAGGGAGAUCCUGCGGAUUACUGACCCCAAAUGCACAGUGUACGUGGCUCAACUCAGGACGUGGUAUGACAGCAAGAGCCACACAGAGGUGCUCUCCAGCUCUGUCAUGGGCACUGUUGAGUCAAGUAUUAGCACAGCCGGUCUCACUGGUGUGGAUAAACUCCUAGCCUUCCUGAUAGUCACAGAACUGCAGGCCUUGGUGCGAGAGGUUGAGAGAGCAUGGAAGAAGGAUGCGACUCUGAAAGAAGCUCUGAAGAUGAUGAUGCCUCAGCUUGGUCAAAAUUCACCUAUUGUAGCUCAGCCAGUGCGACAGUACACAGGAUGGGUUCAGCGCACAAACAAGCUGUGUACUCUCAUCACUGACCAUAUCAUGAAGGUUGGACAGAUGCAGAUCCUAAGACUCCAUGCUGCCAGCCGCCUGAACUCCUCUUGCAAGUUUGAUGCCAAAUAUCUUGCAGCUGCACUCAGUACUAUGAAUGAGUCUUUGAUGGCAGAUGUAAAACAACACUACACUGAUCCAACCCGCCCUUACCCUGAUGAGGAUGGUGCCCUGACCAGUGAGCUGAGUGUCUUCCUUGAGUGGUGUGGCAUGACCCAACCUCUUGACAGGAUAUACAUCACAACACAUGCCCUCCCACCCCUUGCACUCCUGCUGCUGCUCACAGUAGUAUCACAGUUUCCCAAGAUGCACUUCUCCAAACAGAUUGGUGGCCUUGCGAGUAUCCGAGGCAAUGAGGGUGUGGAUGGGGAGCCAUUUGUGGUGGGUCUAGUGACUGUGCUGCGACAGUACCACCAAGAUCAUACACUGCGCUUCCUGCAGCUUCUGGCCCAGUGCAUCACUUCCUAUGGUGCACACACUGCUGCCAACAAUGUCAACAAAGGUGUGGAUUUGCCACAUGAGACAGUGACUGGCCUAGCAAUCCUUGAAGAAGUUGCAAAAAAGAUGUCAAUACCAAAGAAGACAUUAUCUCUCUAUGUGCCAAAGCAUCUCAUGGCAGCCCACAAUGGCUAGGCUCUUUGAUCUGCGAUAUUACUUGUAUUGUAUAUGAUUUAUAUUAAUACAGUUUAAAAUAUGUAUAUGACUUAGGCCUGUGUGUUUGUAUAUAUUGAGUAUUCAUUUGUAAUAUAUAUAUAUAUAUAUAUAUAUAUAUAUAUAUAUAUACUGUGUAAACCUGUUAAGAGAUGGAAUUUUGUCAUGUGUGUGGCAGACAAAUUUUUCAUUAAUUGGCCUUUCUGCAGUAGGGCUUGUAGACCAUGAUAUAUAUAAUGCUCAGUACAUAGCUAUUUUUUCUGCAAUUAAAUAUAAGCAGUAUUAAAAAAUGAUGUACGAUAAUAUCCUUUCUUUGGUCAGUGCAACCCACUUAAAAUCAUUUGUUGUCAUACUACUUGUAGAAUAAACAUGUAUGUGCUGAGUACUAUAUCAUAUAAUAAUAAUGACAAUGAUAAUAAUAAUAAUGAUAAUAAUAAUAAUAAUAAUAAUAAUAAUAAUAAUUUCAUCAUCCCCAAGUAAGUAAAUAUUCUGUUUAUCUUGACAUGUGUCUAAUACCAUCUACAAGAUUUGCUGCAAUCCAUUGCAGACAGGCCAGUUAAUAGUUUCAAUGGCUAAUCUAAGAUCAAAGGAUUAAUUCCUCACACCAUGAUGCUCAAAGCAAAGAAUGUAAAUUUGAAAUGCUUGAAUGCUGUGUGAAUGGACAAGUGACCCAUUGUGGUGGUCAUCGAGUGGUCUUCACCACACCAAAUUAUUUCCUGUUAUGAUUUUUAUUUAUUUUUCCCCCUAAGACUUAUAUAAUAGUGGCAAAUUAGUGAAUGAUGUUGACUUUAAUGUGAUUUCAUUGAAAUUUGUAAAUCUUGAUUACUGAACUGAAGAAAUUUGAUCAAAAUCCUUACUUGCAUUAGAAUUAGAAUUCAUAGACCUGCUGAUACAGUAGCCUGAAAUUUUUAGGGGAGGAACUGCAAGAAACUUAACUUCCAAAGCUAUUUAAGUGCCUUCCCCUGAAACACAAAGGCUGAACACACUUGCUGGGACCAACAUAUCCAUUAUUAUGUAUGUAGAAUAAAAACUUUUUGGUGCAAUUCAGAAAAACUGAACUGUUAUGAUGCAAUUACUCCACUCAUGAGUGUAUCUAGACUGUUGUCAUGCACUGUUCCUUGAUUACUUAUUAUUAUAAAUUUGUAGGUCCA